AUGACAUCUCCGAACCUUGUUCUGUGUCUGGCAUGUCUGUUCUUGGGGGAAAUGGCUCAAGCAACUAAUGAGAAAUCUUCCUCAUUUCACCAAGAAAGCAGUUUUGUAUCCACGAAUGUUGGUGGAAGUUUGACUUUACAAUGUUUCUACAAAGAUGAUUAUGGAUCAAGGGUUUACUGGUAUAAGCAAACUCUCGGACAGACACCAAGGCUCAUGUCCACCCUAUAUGUGUUUAGUAAAAAUGGCACUUUUCAUGAUGAAUUCAAGAAUAAUCCACGUUUCAAACUAGAUACUACAAGUGGUAAAAAUCACUUGACAAUCACAAAUUUGGACAUUUCAGACUCAGCUACUUACUACUGUGUUAGUUGCUAUAUAAGCAUUUUAGAAUUUUUGGUGGACACUACUAUCCAUGUAAAGGGCUCAGCUUUGAUGCAUCAGUCAGCAUCUGAGAGCAUCCAGUCAGGAGGCUCUGUGACUCUGAACUGUACAGUACACACUGGGACCUGUGAUGAUGGAGAACACAGUGUUUACUGGUUCAAAUACUCUGAAGAAUCUCAUCCAGGACUCAUUUACACACAUGGAGGCAGGAAUGAUCAGUGUAAUACGGACACCAACACACAAACACACACCUGUGUCUACAAUUUGCCGAUGAAGCCUCUGAAUCCUUCUCAUGCUGGGACCUACUACUGUGCUGUCGCCUCAUGUGGACAGAUACUGUUUGGAGACGGGACCAAGCUGGACUUUGAGCAUGAGGUAGACUCUCUUGUCUUGGUGUAUUUCUUGAGUGGAGCUUUGGUGUUCACCACCAUCCUCAGUGUUUUAUUGGCUUUCUCAAUGUACAAGAUGAACAAGAGAAACAGCUGCCAGUCAGUGCCUCAACAUGGAUUUGCAGCUCCGUCCACAGCAGAUGCAGAGGGUUCUCAAGACACAGACAACCUUCAUUAUGCUGUUGUAAGUGCCAACGCGGCAAACAGAUCAAGAAAAGCGAGGAACAACACCAAUAGUGAAUGUGUGUACGCCAGUGUAAAGAUGUAG